UGACGUCAGUGAUGACGCAGCCACCCGGAAGAAGGCUUCCUGUUUUGGAUUAGCUGCUGGGGGUUUUUUCUGGAAGCGGUUCUGGUUAAAAAAAGAGGUUUGACAGUUCAGUAGUUUCCUUUUCGCUCUUGCAGUCACUGUAAGCUGUGACAAAGAAGAAAAAACCCUCAUUAGUACUGAAGUGUAAGAACAUCAGCAGUGGGUUUGAGCACCUCCUCUGACGUCACAGGUUUCUGAGCACAGGUGUGUAAGGAGCUGCACCAUGACGCACUGGUUUCACCGGAAUCCUCUGAAGGCCACAGCGCCCGUCUCUUUCAACCUGUAUGGAGUGGCAUCCAGUCCUGCUGCCAGUAAAAUCUGCAACGAUCUGAGGACAACCAGGGCUAGGCUUCUGGACAUGUUUACAGACGCUACAUGCACCCCAGAGAUCAUGAAGAAAGCCACUGAUGAAUACUUCUCUCUUUUACAGGGGUUCAUUGUGUCUCUGGAUGGUACUACACAAGAGAACAAGCUGCGCUUCAUUCAGAACUUUAAGUGGACUGACACUUUGCAAGGAAACACACCAAGUUCUCAGCAAGAUGCUGUGUUUGAGCUGGUAUCCAUGGGGUUUAACGUUGCUGUUUGGCACACCAAAUUUGCCUCAAGGCUUGCAGGAAAGGAAAACAUCACUGAGGACGAGGCAAAAGAUGUUCAUAAGAAUCUGAAAAUUGCGGCUGGAAUUUUCAAGUACCUCAAGGAGACUCAGAUACCACGCCUCAUCACGCCAGCGGAGAAAGGCAGAGACAUGGAGCCCAGGGUGAUUGACACAUACAUUGUGCAGAGUCAAGCAGAGGCUCAAGAAGUGACCAUUGCUCGUGCCAUUGAACUGAAGCAUAACGCUGGCCUUGUUGCAGCUUUGGCACUUGAGACAGCAAACUACUAUCAAAAGGCUGAUCAUACUCUGAACACUCUGGACCCAGAGUGCAGCAAUAAAUGGAGAAAGUACUUGCAGCUGAAGCAGCACUUUUACAUGGCUUAUGCACACUGCUACUAUGGACAGACUCUCCUUGCUAGUGACAAGUGUGGUGAGGCCAUUAGAUCCCUACAAGAGGCUGAAAAAUAUUAUGUGCGUGCAGAGGCACUGUGUAAAGAAUACCGUCAGACCAAAGGCCCAGGCAGCACUGCCAAGCCCUCCGAACAGCUCUUCUUCACGAAGCUCGGUGGCCUGAUCAAAAACACUCUGGAGAAAUGUCAGAGAGAAAAUGGUUUCAUAUACUUCCAUAAAGUGCCUGAAGAGGCACCUGUUUUGGAGUUGAAGGCAACUUAUGGUCUGGCGGAGCCCAUUAGCUUUGAGCUUCCUGCUCUCAGCAGCCAGUGUACUCCUGAGGUCUAUGCCACAUUCGAUCUCACGAGAGGAUCAAAAGAUGACAAGGCAAAGAUGAAGCCCAAGCAUGAGGAGGAGAUUAAGCCUGUGAAGGAACCUGAUCUCAAGCCCCAGAAAGACACUGGAUGUGUGAUCUCUUGAGCACUUACAGGAACAUCUGAGAAUGAGAGUGUAGAUCCUUUUCUGGUUCAUUAAGUCUUAACAUGAUUAAUCAAAACUGGCCCAUUGUUCAUAGCUGUAUGAGGUCUAAAAUUCAGAGGUGGUAGAUAAUACUCCUGUCAGUGUAAUGGAUUAACUUUACAUACUGUAUUUUUUUUUUAUUUUGCAAAAUCAGUCAUUUACUCCAUGAAGUGUUCAACAAGACAAGACCACUUCUCCAAUUUUAUAUUUAUACUGAACCCUGUAUCGAGGUCCACUAAAAUGCUGAAAGCUCUGCACAAAAGAACACACACACAUAUCUAUGUCUAUUUUAUUUUAUUAAAAGUAGUUAUUUUCUUUCACUCACAUGCUGUUUAUGCAAACUGAACUUUUUUUUUUUUCAAUGUAAAAACAUUUUACUACUAAUCCAAACUCUUCUAAGACACAAAGGUCUCUAAUCUGUAGAGCAACUAACAACUCUAAUUUAAAACACAUAUACACAUACUUCACAACUUAUAAGCAAAAUGAUCAUUCUGUAAAUGGAUGCUGUCUAUUAAAAUAUUACAAAUGGGAAAAAAGCAUGUAUUAUUUUAACAUUAACAGUUCAUUUUAAAACAUACUGGUAGUGUGUACAUUUAAGCAGAGUGUAAAAUUCUGUUCAUUUGCUUUCCAUUUGGCACAUGAAAGGGGAUUUGGGGAUCUCUCUGACAGAAAAGUGUGGCAAUCAAACAGCCGAGGGUGUAGUGAGCAAGCCGUGGUAAUGGCAACAAGUUAAAAACGAAGAGAAAGAAGGUUUCAAACAAUGCGUAACAGUAAUUCAUUCAGCAUUCUCCACCUAGUUCAGUAGGAAUGUGUCAUAAGCAUGGGUGUAACAUUUGGACUAUUUGGAUCAAUUCAUCAAUUUUAAAAGGCAACAAUCAUAAAUAGAAUUUUAAUGAUUACAAAUUUAUAGCAAUUGUGUGAUACAAGCUUAUCAACAUGAACCAAAAUCUCAAAGUAAUAUUUCCAGCACAUUGUGGAACCCAUGCCAUGAAGAAUUGAGGUUUUCCUGAGAGCAGAGAGGGGAUGACCCCGUAUGAGUGCAGUGUUCCCAAUAAAGUGACCAGUGGAUGUCUGUAAAACCUAUUAAUUAAAACAGUGGUUCUGUAAAAAGUGAGAUGUAUUAUCAAAUGUAACUUGAUUUUAAUGUUAUGUAGUUAAUACAAACAUGCUAAAACACUUGUCAGCUUAAAACUCGCUGUCAUGUAUUUAAUGCCUUCUUCCAGUAAAAUGUUUGUCAAAUGUG